AUGGCGCUGUGGGCCCUGAACGCACCACUCACUGUCUCUCACUCCACGUUUGUUUUUAGCGUCACCGCAGGAACCUCUUCGGCUGUGACGGGCUGCUGGUGGUGGCUGAGGGGAUGGGGGUCGACCGCAUCCUGCUGCAGUUCAUGCGGGUUUACUCGGAGCAGGGCAGCCUGGUCCUCCUGCUCAACACAACCACACCUGAACAGCACCCCUAUAAUCACGGCUCCCUUGGAUGUGGAAGACGACGCUGACUAUGCCAGGCUGGUGAAGGGGAGAAUUGAGAAGACUCUUCUAGGAGAGAUUUCUGAGUACAUAGAAGAGGUUUUUCUUCCAGAUGACUGCUUCAUCCUGGUGAAAUUAUCACUGGAGAGAAUCAGACUGCUGCGACUGGAGGUGGUGGUUCAAGGCAUACCAGAGGUCGCCCGAGCAGUUAUUCACAUCGACGAACAGAGUGGCAAGAACAAGUACAAACUUCUGGUGGAGGGCGACAAUCUGAGAGCUGUCAUGGCAACUCACGGAGUGAAUGGGAGUAGGACCACAUCAAACAACACAUACGAGGUUGAGAGGACUUUGGGUGUUGAGACUGCAAGAUCCACCAUCAUCAAUGAGAUUCAGUACACCAUGGUCAACCACGGAAUGAGCAUCGACCGGCGUCACGUCAUGCUUCUUGCUGAUCUUAUGUCCUAUAACGUAUGAAACAUUGCUCUCUCUCCCUGUGUGCGUUCAUGAGUGUGUGUGUGAGUGUGUGUGUGCGCACACACACUCACUACCGGUCAAAAGUUUUAGAACACCUAAAUGUUUCCAGUUCUGUAUUGGAAAGUAUGCAUGUUCAUGUCUCAUUGUACUCUGAAAUGAAAGCAUAGAACACAUAAACAAAUGAUGUUCAAAAAAACCUAUUUAGAAACCAAAAUGUAUUCUAAACUAUUGACUCAUCAAAGUAGCCGCCUUUGCCAGAUACAACAGCUGAACGCACUCGUGGCAUUCUUUCCACAAUAGAAAUCAAAUAUUCUUCAGAAAGUUCUUCCCAACCCUGUUGCAGAAGUUCCCAUAAAUGUGUGGCACUUGUAGGUUGUUUUACUUUCACUCUUCUGUCCAAUUCAUCCCAAACCAGCUCCAUGGGGUUGAAGUCUGGAGACUGUGCUGACACUCCAUGUUUUCAAGCUCAUCGUCUGGUUCUUUGUUCCUAAAGUAGUUCUGGCAGAGUGUGGACUGAUGUUCUGGGUCAUUAUCUUGCUGUAGGAUAAACCCCUGACCAGAGGGUUCUGCAUGGAGCUGCAGAAUGCUGUGGUAGCUGUUUAGGUUAGGGAUGUGGAAAACAGAUCCUUUAAUAAUGACUGGACUGAAAAGUAGGCAUUUAUCAUGCCAACCUUCCGAAAUGCGUCACCUGUAUGCCUCAUUUGCAACGAAACUGUUGCUGUUGCAAAAGAAUAUAAUCUGUACCGUCACCACAACACUAAACAUACAAAUUUCAAGGAUUCAUAUCCUGAGCAGUCAGAGGCCCGUCAGAGAAAAAUGGCCACAUUGAAAUCUGCCUGCACCCGUGCAAAUGGCAUUAUUACUCGAACUUUAACUGAUUAAGAGAGAGUAAGGUGUGCAUCUCUGCAGGCUGCCUGGGUGCUUUGCAAACAUAACCGGCCUUUCACGGAAAGUGAGCUUUUAAAGGAGAGCAUGGUCACCGUUCUGGUGCCCCCGACAAAUCCAUGGACAGAAUUAUUGCAUCUGUCAAACAAAUGCCUCUCUCUGCUUCAACUGCUGCACGUCGUGUCCACGUCUUGGCAGAGCAUGUCCAGCCAGCUGUCAUUGACGGGAUCAAGGAAGCCAAAUACAUUUCACUGGCUAUUGAUGAGUCCACUGACAACACGGAUAUUUCACAGUUGUGCGUUUUUGUCAGAUACUUUGAUGGCAAAGAUUUCCGAGAGGAGCUGCUGGCGUUGCUUCCGCUGGAGGACAACACCACAAUUCUCCACAAACGUAGUGAAAAUGAUGCCGUUGGACGAGGCGUCCAUUCAGAGCGAGCUGGCUGAAAUCCAGGCUGCUCUCCAUGGUGCUGAAAGCCUGAGCGCAUUCUGGCUGUCUUGUCCCGAGGACUAUGGCACACUGAAGACGCUGGCUAUGUAUGUGCUCACCAUGUUGGGUUCAACCUACACCUGCGAGGCUGCGUUCUCCAAGAUGAACUCGAUAAAAACACACGAGAGGAACCGACUGUCAAACCAGUCUUUGGAGGACUGUUUGCGCAUAAGUCUGACAGCGGCCAAGCCUGAUGUGAAAAAGGUAGUGUCAGAGGGGAAAUGUAACUUCAGCCAUUAAGCAGUGUGAGGAGCCCAUUUCAGCCUUGUGAUUUGAAAUCGCUAUAGCCCACUUAACGUUUUAUUUGAUGUGCGAACAUUAUUUGUGACCUGUUUUGUUCUGGUACCAGGUUAGUAUUUAUUUACCAUGCUAUUUUAAGUUAUGCCAGUUGGUUUUUCCUCCUUUUUUUGUCCUGAGAAGUCUACUAGUUUGAAGCUUGUUGUUGAGACUUUGAAAUAAAAACCAAAUGUUAAGUAAGGGCAUGAGGAAAAGUUAUGUUAAAAAAAAAGAACUGUGUGAAACAAUAAAUGUUAAACAGUGCAGCGAGUCUGUCCUCAUUUCGGAAUGUAGCCUAAAUAGAGUCAUAAAUGGUGGGGAUUACUGAUAGUUAAGAGUCUCAGUUAUUGUUGUUUUCAGUUGCUUUAAUAGUGUGGACCGCAUGAUAUUUUCUCUUUGAUCCUCACAAUUUUGGAAUCCAGUCGGGGGCCGGAUUGGACGGUUCGGCGGGCCGGAUUCGGCCCGCGGGCCGCCAGUUGAUGAUCACUGCUCUAUAUAGUUAGCCCUCCUAUUACUUUUGGGGUCAGUUUGACUCCAUUCAAUCUUUAAAGUCUCUAAAUAAAUGAUUGACGUUUUUUUUUUUUUUUGCUUCAUAUUUAAUGACGUUUCUUAAUUUGAUGAGGACGACUGGGUAAACAUAAAAUGAACAUGAUGAUAUGUUUUCAAUGUCCUGUACACAUAUUAUACGCAUCGGUGUCCUUUGUUUUAGCUGUAUAAAACAGCUAUCAACAUUUUACACACAUUUGUGUUGGUUAUUUUGGAUGAUAUUGAGGUCAGCACAAUAUGCACUUCUAUAAUCUUCCAAAUGCUUCAAGGCCUUGCUGUAACACCCGUAUGGCUCAACGUGUUACGCGGGUGACGCAUGUACAGAGCUGGCCCCCGACGCAGCGGCCCGGGUUCGAUUCCCGCUCGCGGCCCUUUGCUGCAUGUCUUCCCCCAACUCUUCUCCCCUGUUUCCUGUCUCUAUCUCACUGUGCCUAAAUAAAGCCGAUAAAAAGCCAAAAAAAUAGCGUAAAAAAAAAAAGAUUUGAAUUUA